AUGGCUCCGGUGGCGAGUAAAGCCAAUCCUCUGCUCUCGAGCAUACCAUGGCGCCGAAUCCAAUUACGUACAAUUUGCGGCGGUCACGUUUUCCACGCGCCGCCUUCGUCGCCCGCGAAAUCAUCCGCGGAAGAAUGCGAAGGUGCAGCUACCGGAAAGAAAAUUCUGGAGACGUUCCUGGAAGAAUUUGAAAUUGGAUCGCGUAAAGUCACGCUGGAAACUGGCAAAAUCGCGCGAUUUGCUAAUGGCGCCGUUGUUUUGGGUAUGGAGGAGACGAAAGUGCUCUCCACAGUAUCCUCAGCAAAGGGUGACGGCACUCGUGAUUUCCUGCCUCUCACUGUUGAUUAUCAGGAGAAACAGUUCGCUCAGGGUGUUAUUCCAAACACGUUUAUGCGGAGAGAAGGUGCUCCGAAAGAACGUGAACUCUUGUGCGGUCGAAUCAUUGAUCGACCUAUUAGACCCCUUUUUCCAGCCGGAUUUUACCACGAAGUCCAGAUCAUGGCGAGUGUUCUAUCAUCCGACGGGAAACAAGAUCCUGAUGUAUUGGCCGCCAAUGCUGCAUCUGCUGCUUUAAUGUUAUCAGAUAUUCCAUGGGCUGGUCCCAUUGGGGUAAUACGUAUCGGGAGGAUUUCUGGUCAAUUUAUUGUUAAUCCCAGCAUGGAUGAGCUUGCUAUGAGCGAUCUCAAUUUGAUUUAUGCCUGCACAAGAGAUAAAACUUUGAUGAUAGAUGUCCAAGCACGUGAGAUAUCGGAAAAAGACUUAGAAGCAGCUCUAAGACUGGCUCAUCCUGAGGCAGUUAAAUAUCUUGAGCCCCAAAUGAGGUUGGCAGCCAAAGCUGGUAAACAGAAAAAUGAAUACAAAUUAUCCAUGGUAUCCGAGGGAACAUAUGAAAAAAUCAGGAGCUUGGCAGAAGCUCAGAUUGAAGCUGUGUUUACAGACCCUUCAUAUGGCAAGUUUGAAAGGGGAGAAGCCUUGGAUAAUAUUACACAGGAUGUUAAGAAAUCUCUAGUGGAAGAGGAUAAUGAAGAAGGCCUUAAAUUUCUAUCAAAAACAAUAGAUAAUGUGCGAAAAAAGGUUGUUCGCAGAAGGAUCAUUGGUGAAGGACUCAGAGUUGAUGGAAGGCGUCUUGAUGAAGUUAGGCCUCUUUAUUGUGAAGCUGGUAAUUUGCCUGUACUCCAUGGUUCGUCAAUCUUUAAUCGUGGAGAUACUCAGGUUCUUUGUACUGUGACACUCGGAGCACCUGGAGAAGCUCAGCAUCUUGAUUCUCUGGUUGGUCCUCCAUCUAAGAGAUUCAUGCUUCACUAUAGUUUUCCACCAUUUUGCAUCAACGAAGUUGGCAAACGAGUUGGCCUGAACCGACGGGAAGUCGGGCAUGGUACUCUCGCUGAGAAAGCUCUAGUUGCUGUUUUACCUCCUGAAGAUGAUUGUCCGUACACUGUCCGUGUUAAUGCAGAAGUCAUGGCAUCUGAUGGAUCGACGUCAAUGGCAUCUGUUUGUGCAGGUAGCAUGGCUUUGAUGGAUGCUGGCAUUCCAUUAAGAGAGCAUGUAGCAGGUUUGUCAGUGGGGCUUGUCAGUGAAACUGAUCCAUCGACUGGUGAAAUUGCCAACUACAGAAUAUUAACUGAUAUCCUGGGCCUGGAAGAUCAUCUAGGGGAUAUGGACUUCAAAAUUGCUGGGACGCGCAACGGAAUCACAUCAAUUCAGCUGGAUAUAAAACCUGCGGGGAUUCCCUUAGAUAUCAUAUGUGAGUGUCUAGAGCCCGCGCGUAAAGGUCGGCUUCAAAUAAUUGAUCAUAUGGAGCAAGAGAUAAAUGUACCACGUACCCAGGAUGGCAGAAACUCUCCACGAAUAAUGACAUUGCGGUACAACAAUGAAGCUAUCCGCCGUUUGAUUGGUCCUCUAGGUGCCUUGAAGAGGAAAAUUGAAGAAGAAACAGGCGGAAGGAUGUCAGUAAGUGAUGGUUCUCUUACCAUAGUGGCUAAAAAUCAAUCAGUAAUGGAUAAAUUGUUGGAAAAGAUCGAUAAUAUCGUGGGUCGCGAAAUUGUGAAGGGAGGGGUGUAUAAAGGUGUCGUAACUACAAUAAAGGAAUAUGGUGCCUUUGUGGAGUUUAAUGGAGGCCAACAGGGCCUCCUCCACAUUUCGGAGUUGUCACACGAACCGGUGUCCCGGAUUUUGGAUGUGUUAUCAGUUGGCCAAGUAGUAAAAGUAAUGUGCAUUGGUCUUGACGUGCGUGGCAAUAUUAAGUUAUCUCUUAAAGCCACUAUACCUCCUAAACAAGGCUCUAAAUCUAAUCCUAUUGUAAAAGAACCUGUUGCUACUGUACAACAAACGCCUCAAGUUUGGAAGCCUGAUAACAAUGUACAAAAGGAGGAAGAAAGUGAGGAUGAUCAGUUUAAGAGUGGCAAGGACAGCUUAACGCCGAUUGUCAUUCGAAGUGCUGCUGAGUGUGAUGAGGCUGAAAAAUCAGCUGCUUUUGGUAAUAAGAAAUCUAAAGGAAAACGUGAAUCUACAAAUGAGGCUCCUCUCGAUGAGAAAAAACUGAAGCUUGGGAUUAAAUUGACAGCUAAAGUUCAUCAAAUUCGUGCACAUGGAUUAGUCCUUGAUUUAGGUGGCGGUCUGCGUGGAAUGUAUCGGUUUGAGAAUGGUUCGAGAAGCGAAUUUGAGAUUGGCGAGGAGGUUCGAGUUAGGUGCUCGAGUUUUUCGAGCAAGGGAAUCCCGGUAAUGUCGUUAGUCGAGUCUUAG